GGCUCCCGCUCCCCUCGGGCCCGAGGCCGCCGCACUCCCGACCGCGACCCGGACCCCGAGGACCCGAGUCCUGACCCGGAUUAUCGUGGCGCGGCUCGCGGCCGGCCCUGGUGCUCGGUGUCCCUCCGCCGCAGUUCCCGUUUCCGGCGGCGGCGAUGGCCAGGAUCUGACCCGGGAGGAGGCCGCACCCGCGCCGCGCUCUGCGGCGGGCCCUAGGCGAUGCCGAGCAGCUCGGACACGGCGCUGGGGGGAGGCGGGGGCCUGAGCUGGGCGGAGAAGAAGUUGGAGGAACGCCGCAAGCGGAGGCGAUUCCUGUCCCCUCAGCAGCCGCCGCUGCUGUUGCCGCUCCUGCAGCCGCAGCUCCUGCAACCGCCGCCGCCCCCGCCGCCUCUGCUCUUCCUGGCUGCUCCCGGCACGGCCGCCGCCGCAGCCGCCGCCGCCGCGGCCUCCUCCUCUUGCUUCAGCCCGGGCCCCCCUCUGGAGGUCAAGCGGCUGGCGAGAGGCAAGAGGCGCGCAGGAGGGCGGCAGAAGCGGCGCCGCGGGCCCCGCGCCGGGCAGGAGGCGGAGAAGCGUCGGGUCUUCUCGCUGCCCCAGCCGCAGCAGGACGGCGGUGGCGGUGCUAGUAGCGGCGGGGGUGUGACCCCGCUGGUGGAGUACGAGGAUGUGAGCUCCCAGUCCGAGCAGGGGCUGCUGCUGGGGGGGGCCAGCGCGGCAACGGCGGCGACGGCUGCCGGGGGAACGGGGGGCAGCGGCGGGAGUCCGGCCUCCUCCUCCGGCACCCAGCGGCGCGGGGAGGGCUCGGAGCGCAGGCCCCGCCGGGACCGCCGCAGCAGCAGCGGCCGCAGCAAGGAGCGCCACCGCGAGCACCGGCGGCGGGACGGGCAGCGCGGCGCCGGCGAGGCCUCCAAGUCCCGCAGCCGCCACAGCCACAGCGGCGAGGAGCGGGCCGAGGCCGCCAAGAGCGGCAGCAGCAGCAGCAGCGGCGGCCGCCGGAAAAGCGCCUCGGCCACGUCGAGCAGCAGCAGCAGCCGCAAGGACCGAGACCCGAAGGCGCACCGGAGCCGGACUAAGUCGUCCAAGGAGCCGCCGUCGGCCUACAAGGAGCCGCCCAAGGCCUACCGGGAGGACAAGAGCGAGCCCAAGGCCUACAGGCGGCGGCAGCGGUCCCUGAGCCCGCUGGGAGGUCGGGACGACAGCCCGGUGUCCCACAGGGCGUCGCAGAGCCUGAGGAGCCGCAAGUCCCCCAGCCCGGCAGGAGGUGGCAGCAGCCCGUACUCCCGGCGGCUGGCGCGCUCCCCGAGCCCCUACAGCCGCCGCCGCUCCCCCAGCUACAGCCGCCACAGCUCGUACGAGCGGGGCGGCGACGUGUCCCCCAGCCCCUACAGCAGCAGCAGCUGGCGCCGCUCCCGGAGCCCCUACAGCCCGGUGAUCAGACGUUCAGCUAAAUCCCGAAGCAGAAGCCCGUAUUCAUCUAGGCAUUCAAGAUCUCGUAGCAGGCACAGAUUGUCUAGAUCCAGAAGUCGUCAUUCUAGCAUUUCUCCUAGCACACUAACUCUGAAGAGUAGCCUGGCAGCUGAGUUGAACAAGAAUAAAAAAGCCCGGGCUGCCGAGGCGGCAAGGGCUGCAGAAGCGGCGAAAGCUGCAGAAGCGGCAAAGGCUGCUGAGGCCGCUGCCAAAGCUGCCAAAGCUUCCAACACUUCUACACCUACGAAAGGGAGCACAGAGACUGGGGCCGGUGCAUCACAAACCAACCAUGUGAAGGAUGUGAAGAAACUGAAAACUGAACAUGCACCUUCUCCCUCAAGUGGUGGAACUUUAAAAAAUGACAAGGCAAAAACAAAGCCACCUCUUCAGGUAACAAAGGUGGAUAAUAAUUUGAUUGUAGAUAAAGCCACCAAGAAAGCAGUUGUAGUUGGGAAGGAGAGUAAAUCUGCUGCUACAAAGGAUGAACCAGUAUCUCUUAAAGAGAAAACCAAACCACUUACACCAAGCUUAGGAGCCAAGGAGAAGGAGCAACAUGUGGCUUUAGUGACCUCUACAUUACCACCGUUACCUUUGCCUCCCAUGCUGCCUGAAGAUAAAGACACUGAUAGCUUACGAGGAAAUAUUUCAGUAAAAGCAGUUAAAAAAGAAGUAGAGAAGAAACUACGAUGUUUACUUGCUGAUUUACCACUGCCCCCUGAGCUACCAGGAGGAGAUGAUCUCUCAAAGAGUCCAGAGGAAAAGAAAACAGCAACACAGUUACAUAGUAAAAGGAGGCCUAAAAUAUGUGGGCCUCGCUAUGGUGAAAUCAAAGAAAAAGAUAUUGACUGGGGAAAACGCUGCGUGGAUAAAUUUGAUAUCAUCGGAAUUAUUGGAGAAGGUACCUAUGGACAAGUUUAUAAGGCCAGGGAUAAAGACACUGGAGAAAUGGUAGCCUUAAAGAAAGUACGUCUAGAUAAUGAAAAGGAAGGCUUUCCAAUUACAGCAAUUCGAGAAAUUAAAAUUCUCCGGCAGCUUACCCACCAGAGUAUUAUUAAUAUGAAGGAAAUAGUGACUGAUAAAGAAGAUGCUUUGGAUUUUAAGAAGGAUAAAGGUGCAUUUUAUCUGGUGUUUGAAUAUAUGGACCAUGAUCUGAUGGGACUACUGGAAUCAGGCUUGGUUCAUUUUAAUGAAAAUCACAUAAAGUCAUUUAUGAGACAGCUCAUGGAAGGUCUGGAUUAUUGUCAUAAGAAGAACUUUUUGCAUAGAGAUAUCAAGUGUUCAAAUAUUCUUCUAAACAAUAGAGGGCAAAUAAAACUUGCAGAUUUUGGACUUGCUCGAUUGUAUAGCUCAGAAGAAAGUCGGCCAUAUACUAACAAGGUCAUCACUUUAUGGUACCGCCCACCUGAACUGCUGUUGGGAGAAGAACGAUAUACCCCUGCUAUUGAUGUAUGGAGCUGUGGAUGUAUCCUUGGUGAACUCUUCACUAAAAAACCUAUAUUUCAAGCAAAUCAAGAACUUGCACAACUCGAACUAAUAAGCCGUAUAUGUGGGAGUCCAUGUCCUGCAGUGUGGCCUGAUGUAAUCAAACUACCAUAUUUCAACACCAUGAAACCAAAGAAGCAAUAUCGUCGAAAGUUAAGAGAAGAAUUUGUUUUUAUUCCUGCAGCCGCACUAGACUUAUUUGAUUACAUGCUCGCCUUGGAUCCUAGUAAGCGCUGCACUGCAGAACAGGCUCUCCAGUGCGAGUUCCUCCGGGAUGUGGAACCCUCAAAAAUGCCUCCACCAGACCUUCCUUUAUGGCAAGAUUGUCAUGAGCUAUGGAGUAAAAAGCGGAGAAGACAGAAGCAGAUGGGCAUGACUGAUGACGUGUCCACUAUUAAAGCCCCCAGAAAGGACUUGUCCCUUGGCUUAGAUGACAGCAGAACCAGCACACCUCAGGGCGUGCUGCCAUCUUCACAGCUGAAACCUCAGGGCAACUCGAACGUAGCACCUGUAAAAACAGGCCCUGGACAACAGUUAAACCACAGUGAAUUGGCAAUUCUUCUAAACCUACUACAGUCUAAAACAAGUGUUAAUAUGGCUGAUUUUGUCCAAGUGUUGAACAUUAAGGUAAACUCUGAGACUCAACAGCAGCUAAAUAAAAUAAACCUUCCUGCUGGAAUUUUGGCAACAGGUGAAAAACAGACAGAUCCGUCAACACCACAGCAGGAGUCUUCGAAACCACUGGGAGGAAUUCAGCCUUCUUCUCAGAGCGUGCAGCCCAAAGUGGAGACUGAUGCUGCGCAGGCGGCUGUGCAGAGCGCAUUUGCAGUUCUGCUGACUCAGUUAAUAAAGGCCCAGCAGUCAAAGCAGAAGGAUGUGCUAUUAGAAGAGAGGGAAAACGGAUCAGGACACGAGGCGUCACUACAGCUCAGGCCCCCUCCAGAACCUAGCACUCCGGCGUCGGGGCAAGAUGACCUCAUUCAGCACCAGGAUAUGAGGAUGUUGGAGCUCACGCCGGAACCCGACCGGCCUCGCAUUCUGCCUCCGGAUCAGCGACCUCCCGAACCACCUGAACCACCACCAGUCACCGAGGAAGAUCUGGAUUAUCGGACAGAAAACCAGCACGUCCCCACCACUAGUUCUUCGUUAACUGACCCUCACGCCGGAGUGAAAGCAGCCCUGUUACAGCUGCUUGCUCAGCAUCAGCCCCAGGAUGACCCCAAGAGAGAGAGUGGCAUUGAUUACCAGGCCGGAGACACCUAUGUCCCCGCGUCAGACUACAAGGACAAUUUUGGAUCUUCUUUCUCUUCUGCUCCCUACGUCAGCACCGAUGGUCUCGGGGGUAGCUCUGCUCCGCCACUGGAACGACGCAGCUUCAUUGGGAACUCCGAUAUCCAGCCUUUGGAGAACUACAGUACUACUUCAUCUCAUUCUGGCGGUCCACCUCAGCCUUCUGCCUUUUCCGAGUCAUUUCCCAGUUCAGUAGCUGGAUACGGAGACAUUUACCUCAAUACCGGUCCCAUGUUGUUCAGUGGAGACAAGGACCACAGAUUUGAAUACAGCCACGGCCCCAUUGCCGUCCUGGCAAACAGCAGUGACCCUGCCGCGGGGCCAGAGAGUACUCAUCCUUUGCCAGCAAAGAUGCACAACUAUAACUAUGGCGGGAGCUUGCAGGAGAACCCGGGCGGCCCCGGCCUCAUGCAUGGACAGACCUGGACUUCUCCGGCCCAAGGACCCGGGUAUUCACAAGGAUACAGGGGACACAUUAGCACAUCAACUGGCAGAGGUCGAGGCAGAGGGUUACCAUACUGAGUAUCUGUUUUUCCUCAGGCACAUCGUUUUUAUCUGGAAAGACUUUUCUAGCUGCAAUUUAAGGCAGCGAUCCAAGAGACUUGAAUAAUAUUAAUUCAACAACAGCUUUAUUUUUAUGUGGAAAAGGGUCUUGCAUACAAUAGUUAAAAAAAAAAGAAAAAAAAAACCUUUGCUUAAAUUCAUGCUGUUCUAAAAACUAGAUCUAUUGAUUGUACAUCUUCACAAAUUCUAGUUAACGAUUUUAUUUUGUAUUCUUGCAGUUUUAAGUGGAUGCUAAUCUUAGGGACAUAAGAGUCUUUUAUGGCCCUCUUGCAGAUCUUCUGAACUAUGCACAUUUGUGCUUUUUUUGUAAGUUUGGACCAACUUUUAUGUAACAGCCAACCAACCCCUCCCCCCUCCAGUUUUACAACAAUCAGAAAGGGCACUGAUUUAUUUGGUAUUUUUCUUUUUACAAAGCUGCCUUUAGUCAAAGGUCACUGUCCGUCUUUGCACCUGCUUUCAGUGUUAUUGUGAAAGGUGUACUUUGUGCUCACUUCAGAAAAUAAAACACAACCUUUCUCUUGAUGCAACAGUUUUAUAAACAAAAAAAUGGUCAAUGUUAUUUUUGUUUUAUUUUGCAGAUUAUCAUAGCCGAGCAAAAUGCAUUCAAAUGAAAUAGUGGGUUUUAUAUGAAAAAUAUGGGGUGGGGAGGGGAAGUAAGUGCCUUAACAGGUAAGCUUAAGGUCUGAAAAAGCAGUUAACCUUUACACCCAUUUGUCUUCUAGAGGGAAUCAGUACACUGUACGGAAGGGGCGGAGCUCACGAGUGUUCGGCUCGCCUGCCCCCUUCCUGCUAGACCCAUCCCCUCUGCCCAGCCCACUCUUCCUGCCUGCCUGUCUUUGGGCUGUGUUACCUUCCACUCUCACCUGUCUCCAGAGGAGGGCGAGCGCAAAAAAGGGAUUAGAACUCCAGUCAGUCCCCUGUUACUUCCAAGAAGUUCUAAAAAGCUAGGUCGUCAAAGUGCUGAAAGUAAUAGCUAAACGAGAACUCGGGAGGCCCGUUCCUUCAGGCUGCUGUAAGGUCCCUGUCUGUUGCCGCGGGUGAUCGAGGGCAGCGGCGUAGAAGCAAGGCUGAAAUACACAGGAUUUGCCUGACUCCUUUAAAAGUUCACAGGGGGAGGGGUGGCAAACAUCGUAUCUUAAGUCACACAAUUGCCAUUUUAGGAAAAAAUUAGCCGUUUGGUUUGUUAACUAGAAAACAUUGCCUCGAAUGACUUUAUUGGAGCGAAAAGAAAAUGUGAGAGAAAACCUCUUAUCUUCCCUCCUCUCACCUUCUGUGAGGUUUAUUAUGACUUCUGCCAGACUCAGAACAACUUUAGCUCGUUUUAAUAUUUUUUCUUUCUUUUAUUAAAAGCAACAGAGAAUGACGGACUAACCCAUAUGUAAGCUGUAAUGGUGUCAAGUCUAACUAACGUUUGUGCACGCUCACGCACAUGCAGAAUUAUAAUAAUUCUUGAAAGGAACCAAAGGUGAAUAACCAGUGUUUCCAUUAUCACUAAAUGGAAAAAUAAACUCUGGAAAUGAGAGUUGUGCCAAUUAACCAUUUUGUUUUUAACUGUUCUCCUGGUAACUUACUUUUUGAUUGGAAUUGUAAAUUGGAAGAACUGUUUUAGAAUGGAACUUACUCCAGUUCUAAAGUCAGUCUUUUAACCCCCAUGUCCUCUAUCUGACUUGUGAACCUUCAUUUCAAAACAAUAUAUGGGAAGCAUUAUAGUUUGGUGACAGUAAGGAUAUUUUAAAGUGGAUAUUUUACCAUUUUACUGCUAUAAAAUGAGUUGAUGUCAGUUGAUCAUUUUAUUUUUUUGAUGGAAUUUUUUUUUUUGUUGGGGAUAAAGAAAUGAAUGGAAGAAAAAUUAUUUUGCUUUUAUUUGAAUAUUGAGUACUAACAACUUAUAAUAAAACUACAUUGCAGGAAGUGAAGAAAUAUUUUGAAAUUUAGCAAAAUAGCUACAGUAUUCAAGUAUCUGAAAUUUUAAUAUGGUGAGUCUUAGCGCUUUAGACUUUCCUCUAAGUGACCGUAUCUAAGUUAUUCUUAAUAGUCACACUCGAUAAUUCUGCUGACCAUAGCAGCUAACCUAAAAUUGAAGAUAUUUAUGUGACAUGAAUAGCCUGUGUUUUAAAAAUUAAAUAUUUUAUAUAAAAUUGAACUGUGUUUGGAUAGUUUUUCCAACAUUUCAGUUAUAUUAUGUUGGGAGAGUGGCUGGGAGGACAGGGAAACUGUUGCUUGAAACUGGAAGUUUGAACUAUAGCUUCUAAUAUUACCCUAAGACAUCAUUAAUUGUGAGACAUACCAAUUUUUAUUGCACCAUUUAGAAAAAAUUUGCCAAUUAAGCCACAACACAAUGCAUCAAUUGUAAGAUUACUCCCCAAAUUCAGAGAGGUCAUCCCAUGAAAGAAUCGAUGAAAUACGGUAGCAAGAUCUUAAUGCAUCCCUUCCAUACCAUUUAAUACUUUAAUAAAUUGGAUUUCAUAAAGAGAGCAAGGUCAGAAAUCCCUAAUUUUGUAGGUUAUAACGGCAGUAAUCCCUGAAUAUUCUUGAGUGUAAUCUAAGGAACGUAAAAUAUUACUUAAGUUUUGGGGAAAGAAACAGGUAAGUCAGGUUGUGCAACCAUGAGGAUGAAAAUAGACGACUGACCUACCAAAAGAAGGAAUUUUCUGGUCUCCCACGUGAAGUUGCCUUUUGUAUUUUCUGACCCGGCAAGUCUCUCUGCAAACUCAAAUCUUGAGUCCGUUAUUUGUUGGAGAGCUGUAGUCACCUAUGAAAUUUUUAAAGACUCACUAUAAGGGGGUUACCGAUGACAAUGGUUUGGGGAGUGUGAAUUAAGAUGAUGUUCUGGCUGUGAUUCGGGGCUUGGUCCCGUCAGCGAGCGUAUAUCCAGGGCCCGCCGAGCGCCGGGUGCCAUCCUCGCACCUGGGGUGCGUGAAGGCCAGAGUGGGUCACAGGCUUUUCAAAGGCCUGGAGAAGCUAGUGGUUCUUGCUGCUCAGCUGUGUCUACGUUACUCUUGAGUGAACAUGAGAGACGGAAAUGUGAGUGUGAAAUUUUAAAGUCCAAUUUGUAUAGAGAACAUAGCAGAACUAGGACAACUAGAAACUCCAAGGUGAAAACAAAGUUUAGGUCGCAUCUGGCCAGUUUGUAAUAGGCCAGUCGGCAGCAAAUACCAGGAUUUCUCAAGGAAGGUGGAAGGUAAAAUGGGUUAAAUGCUUCCCAGCUACUCUCACAGGAACUUGUGAGUCAGAGUUUAGCUGUUUGCUGGGAGCCUAAUCCAAUUUUACACAACCUGUCACUGGAGCCCCCCCCCCCCUCCUUUUUUAAGUAAACCUGAAAUACAAGUUCUGAGUGAAGAUAUACUGAUCUGGGAUACUGGUUUUGGUAUUUUUAACGACUGAACAGGAUAUUCCAAUAAUCUAACAUCAUCUGGUCUGUCUCCUCCCUUUAUAGCUGAGAAAAAUGAGAUUUAGAGAUGGGUAGCCAGGGCUGUCCCUCUAAGCCUUAUCUAAAUUCUGCAGGAAACACUUAACUUUUUAACAAGGAAAUUGACUUAAAAUGGUUACCAGUGUUACAGUAAAAUAAAUUUAGAAUGCUGAACAACUAGUUUAAUGCAAAUGGCUUUAAAAGGUCAACUUUAAAAACAAAAACAAUAGAGAUAGUUUUUAAAAAGGAGGUUCAUCUCUCUUUUUUUAAAAGACAAUAGUUAUUCAAAUAUGAAUUUGACAGUAAGACUGAAUCUUUCCUUUAAAUUUAUUUUCUAUUUGUAAGAGGAAAGUCAUUAUCAGCCGGCCUGCAAACAUUGCUUUUAAAUUCUUUUAAGGUUUUAUAAUUUCCAGUGGUGUUAUGAGGGAGCAAUGCUUUCUCAUUUACCAAAGCCUCUCCAGAUAACUUUUUAAAGUGCUUUUAGUUUAACUGAAAAUAUAAACUAUUAAGAGUUAAUUGAUAAGCUAUCUAGGUAUCCAGUUAGAGAGGGAGAAAACAGAAUUUUGACCAUAAUGGAAAGAACUUGUCCUUUGAAUUAUGUGGACUAACAAAUUCUGUGGGUUUUACUCCUUUCACCAUGCCAAAUGUCCUAUUAAAAUAUUUUAGUUCUCAUUGCAUUCAAAAUGAGGCCCUGUACGUGAGUCACCCCUUGAUUCUUUUUCACACUUAGUUUGUUGUAAAGGUGUUGUACUUUAUGCAAGAACUUUUAGUAAAGUCUUGUAACUGUGAAAUCUAAUGUGUUUAAUAUAAGCCAUUUGUUUAAAAAAAAAAAAAAAGGCUGUAUAUGAUAGUCUGUAAAUAAAAUGCCAUCAGAAUUCCA